GAUGCGCUGUGUCCCUCGGACACAGCGGAUCACCGAUCCAUGGAAAGAGCCGAAGAUGUCGGCUCGGUCAUGUGAUCAGCUGUGCCCAAUCACAGCUGAUCACAUGGGACAUGUGCACUGAUGAUCAGUGUGCUCUGAUGAUCAGUGUAGCCCCAGCAGUGCCACCUGUCAGUGUCCAUCAGUGCCAGCUCUCAGUGCUCAUCCAUGCCACCUGCCAGUGCCCAUCAGUGCCACAUCAAUGCCACAUAUCAGUGCCUACCAGUGCACAUCAAUGCCACUUAUCAGUGCCCAUCUGAGCUGCCUUUCAGUGUCACCCGUCAGUGCCAGUCAGUGCCAUAUAACAAUGCCAAUCAGUGCCACCUAUCAGCGCUGCAAAUCAGUGCUGCCAAUCAGUGCCAGUCAGUGCCGCCUAUCAGUGCCUGUCAGUGCUGCCAAUCAGCGCCACCUAACAGUGCCAGUCAGUGCCGACUAUCA